AGCAACAAGCAGUCUGUUUCUCUAGUAAAUGGAUUAUACCGUCUCCCUCCAAGUGCAGCAUCAGUUAAAGGUGUUCCCUACUUACCUGUACCAGGACUACAGUUUGGAAUUACAGAUGAAGUCUACAGAAGUGGAGCAGGAACUGUUUACUGACAGCUACUGCAAAGUGUGCAGCGCCCAGCUUAUCUCCGAGUCCCAGAGAGUCGCCCACUAUGAGAGUCGGAAGCAUGCCAACAAAGUCCGUCUGUUUUACAUGCUGCAUCCAGUCGACGGGGGCUGUCCUGCGAAGAGACUCCGGACGGACAACGGAAGCGAGGACGGAGAUGUGGACAAGAACAAAUGUUGCACGCUGUGCAACAUGUCGUUUACAUCAGCAGUGGUGGCCCAGUCUCAUUACCAGGGAAAAAUCCACGCCAAGAGGCUAAAGAUACUGCUAGGGGAACCGCCUGCCAUAACAAAAGAGGUGCCCCCCAGUCCGGUGAAGACCCCAGAGAUCAUGCCGGCGGUCACUUCACCCCGGCAGCGGCGAGACUCUGAUCGGUACUGCCAGCUCUGCAACGCCUGGUUCAACAACCCGGGCAUGGCACAGCAGCACUACGAUGGCAAGAAGCACAAGAAGAACGCAGCGCGGGCGGACCUGCUAGAGCAGCUGGGCAAGACAAUAGACCUGGGGGAGCUCAAAGCUCUGAAACGCAGUUACACCUGUGAUGUCUGCAGUGUGACGCUAAACUCAGUAGACCAGUACCAUGCACACCUGCAGGGGUCCAAGCACCAGAACAACCUAAAGAGCCUGGUAUGAGUCGUUGAAGUAGAAGAACGAAAGGAAGGAUCAUCUUCGACUGGGUGAUAAAGCUAGACCCGGGACCACCAGGAACCUCGUGCGCGUGCGUGUGCGUGUGUGCGUGCGUGUGCGUGCGUGUGUGUGCUCCCCAGCAAAGAAAACUACAUUUCGGAAUUAACUUUCAAAGCACAUCUGAACUACCAGCCAGGCACUCCCUCCUGUUUUAGGAUCUUGUUUUUCCCGGAUCCUCAAUAACCCCGGAUCUAGCCUUUGCCAGUCACGGAUUUAAGCUUUGCCCUUGAGCACCACUGGGACCAACAGUGAAUUCCAGUGCUGCCCAGCUUUUGAGGCAGAACACAGAAGACUUUUGCUAGAGGCAAGCCAACCGCCACCUCUCUGGAUAUCCGUUUUGAUCAGGCCAUUAAUGUGUUGGCUAAUACUUUACAUUAAGUGGCCCGGAUUCAAUACAGUAUUUAUCAGAUGUUAUAUGAUUUGAAUCGAUCAGUUUUUUGGAUCCUUAGUGUGUUCCUUUUAUUGUGUAAUAAUACUGCUGCUACAACUACUAAUACUAAUACUUUUAAACCCGUAUCAACUUUAGAAAUGUCGCUUGUUUUCAGUCUAUCAAGCAAAUCUUUCAACAAAGCCGGUUUGCUGGUUAUUUUUAGAGGCUGGCAAAAGUGAUUUUAGCUGAACUAGUAGUUGAAGGGUUUAUCAAUAUGUAAUUUAUAAUUGUGUAAAAUUAUG